AUGGGGAUAGAGUGAGAGAGCGAGAGAGAUAGUGUGAAGGCGAGAUAAGGAAGAGGCGGAGGGUGAAAGGUACCCACGACUCGGUUCGAGCAAGCAGGCAGGCAAGCAGGCAGCCCCUUUCGCAAGGCAGGCGACCCCCUAAGCCUGGUUAGGGGCGAAGGCGGCGAGCCGCGGAGGCCACAACACGACCGCCGUCCUCAUUGGUCGACGCGCUUGCCCUGGGUGGGGCUCCGGAAAAAUUGGAGGGGAGAAAAAUCCCCUCUAAAUAGCUGCGGCUGCGGCCACGAAAAACUAGAAUCCGCUCAGCCGGCAUCGAGUGCGCGUCGCGAUCAACUCAACUUUUACGCUUUUACCCGUGGUACGCUCUCUCCGAAAAGGGGGAAGAAGAUACGAGUAUAGAGUAUAGUGUUUGGGAAAACGGAGAGAGGAAGAGAUAUAUAUAUACGCACAUACAUACAUAUGUAUAUAUUCCUCUACGUACAUAUGUAUAUGUACAUGUACAUAUGUAAAGCGUGAAAAAGACACGCGACACACUGGAUAUACUCUGUGUUUCUUUUCAUUUGUCUUUAUCCGUUUCAUAUUCAGUUAUAUAAUAUUAUUGUUAAUAAUAAUAGUUAUUAUUGUUCUAAAAACAACAAUAACUGCAACAACAAUCGUAAUAUUACUAAUAAUAUAAUAAUAAUAAUAAUAAUAAUAAUAAUAAUAAUAAUAAUAAUACAUAGUAGGAAGAUUAAGUGUUGAAAAGUGUGAAUUCGAUGGACUGUGUAAAAAAAAGGAAAACUACAGGGUGUUUUUAUCAAGGAUAACCGUGUUACGCGAAAGAAGAAGAACCGUAUAGAACUUUCAAAAGUUCGCGCUACGCGGCAAACGAUCGAACUAGGAUCCACAAAGAUGCAUCUACCGGACGGACCUUUAGGGAUCGACAGCUUCAGCGCGAUUCGCGAAACUCUUGGCGCUUGUCACGGUGAACUCGUACAGACCGGAAGUCCAGCGAUACUUUGUAGCGCGUUACCAUCGCAUUGGAGGUCGAACAAGUCCCUUCCUGUGGCGUUCAAGGUCGUUGCACUCGACGAGGUCAACGACGGCACGUUGGUCACGAUCAGGGCAGGAAACGAUGAGAACUGUUGCGGCGAACUUAGGAACUGCACGGCGGUCAUGAAGAAUCAGGUUGCCAAGUUCAACGAUCUGAGAUUCGUCGGUCGUAGCGGCAGAGAUUAUCAGUAUGGACCUGGAUUCCAUGGACUUGGUUUACUCAAUCCGUGGUUGGAUGCCGCUUAUUUGGGCCACGCCUGGCACUUUUCUCAUCCUGCAUUGGUCAAAGGAACACUUCCAAUACCACCAACGGAUUUAUUUCCACCGUCGUUCCCACCAACGACCGUACUACCCACAACUUAUCCCUUUGAUCACAUGAAAUAUCCAACGGAAUAUACGACGUUACAUGGGAAAACAAUGUCGACUAUUUCGACUACGACGACGACGACAGCCUCAACGAUACCAAACAGUCCAUCAAGAACACCACCGAGAAGUCCGAGCGAGUCCGAGAGCGAGGUAACAGCCGAGGAAGUUCGUAGCAGUGCCUUCGUCCCGAUUAGGCUGAACACCCUACCACCUCACCAGUCUGUCACAACAAACCCGUCCUCGUCUUCUCCAGAAAGGAUCACGCUUAGAGCGAAACCGACGGAAGGUGUGAAGAACGAAUUAAAAGCACCGACGGCACUAAUUUCUCAAAGAAUUUCACCAAAGAGAAUCUCAUCGCCGACCAAGAUAUCCUCGUCUACACCAGCGAAACCCGUUUGGAGGCCUUACUAAAAUCCUUAGGCGAGAGGGAAAGGAAGAAAGUGAGAAGAACAAGAUCAAAACACAAGAGAGAGAGAGAGAGAGAGAGAGAGAGAACGAUAGAAAGAAAGGAAAAGAAAACUUUGAUCCUCCAAUUCCCCCUCCCCCCAACUGGAAGGCUAGUGAUACCACGUGAACUAUGUUAGGCGUCUUGAAAUAAUCCUCUAAUACUUCGAUUCCUUCGUCUUCUAGUUUUGUCGUCAAUGAUUCUACUGGUUGAAUUAAUGUACGAUGACUGCCUUCGGUUUUACGAAGGGAAUACAGACCAAAACACGCGUGCUGCAGCCUCUCGUCUAUCGAAAGGAUACGCCUCGCUUAACUUAUCAUCGUUUAACGAAUUAUCUUCACUAUCUAUAGCUGAUAAUUAAGAUUGUAAAUUAUGUAAGAUGAAUAAUUCGAGAGAUUUGUAUAUACGUGUAGAUUUAGUUCGUGGACAAUAAUGCAGUGAUAGAGUACAGAUACUAUAUUAUAAAUAUUAUAUAUAUAUAUAUAUGUAUGUGUGUAUACAUAUAAAUAUAUAUGCGAUUGUAUAUACGAAGGACAAACAGACUUUUGAACGUACAUAUA